AUGGCUGAGAAUAAUUUCCCUCCUCUGCCGGCAUUUAUCCCCCUGAAGCCAUGUUUUUACCAGGACUUUGAGGAGAUCCCGGAGCAGCACCGCAACAUGUGCAAGAAACUUUACUACCUCUGGAUGUUGUACAGUGCCACACUCGUGGUGAAUUUAAUUGGCUGUAUGGCUUGGAUGUUUGCUGGAGGAGGAGUGACAAACUUUGGCAUGUCCAUCAUGUGGCUGAUCCUCUUCACUCCUUGUUCCUACGUGUGUUGGUUCAGACCCGUCUACAAGGCCUUCAAGACAGACAGCUCCUUCAACUUCAUGGCUUUCUUCUUUGUCUUCAUGGCUCAAGUUUUUAUCAGCACCAUCCAAGCCAUUGGGAUUCCAGGAUGGGGGGUCUGUGGCUGGCUAGGCACUAUUGUCUUCUUUAGCACAAGCAUCUUUGCCUCCAUCAUAAUGCUUGUUCCAACCAUCAUGUUUACGGCUGUAGCGGCUUUGUCCUUCAUUGCUCUCACUACGGUUCAUAACUUGUACAGGGGAAGUGGCGGCAGCAUGAGUAAGGCUCAGGAGGAAUGGACUACGGGGGCCUGGAAAAACCCACACGUUCAGCAAGCCGCCCAACAAGCUGCCUUCGGAGCUGCCCAGGGAGCGAUGCAGGCGCAGGAUCCAUCCAACACACUCGACGACAACGAUCAGAUGUUAAUACAGAACGAAAUAUAA